AUUCAGAUAUCAAAGAUGUGAACACAAAGAAUUGUUGUGAGAAAAGGCAGAUGUAGCCGGGUGAAAAUUUACUAUAUAUAAAGUGACGACAGGUUGAACACAGGGCCAGCCCCAUACACAGUAGCACAAGAAGCACGGGGACAGGAACAGUCGAUAGGCAACUUACAAGAUGCUCUAUCUGGUGAUGUUCGCUCUGGCAAGAUGUGCCUUUGCCAGUCCGGUCGUAGCUGCGGAAGUUUCCGUUCCGACGGCAGACCGGACCCCCUGCAUAGGCAAUGGGUACUGCGUGGGGUCUUACAUUACCGGGGCCAGUUGUGUUGAUGGGUUCUGUCAGUGCUCAAGCCACGAAAACUACCACCAACACACGUGUCUACCUGUUGUUGGAAGCUGUGAAAUUUGGCGCAGUUCUUCCACUGCCCUAGCGGAGGCCUUCCAGGACUUGGUGCCCAGAGAGACGUACAGCUGUGUAGCUGACGAUAACGGACAGUAUGAGGUACACGUGCUGGGCGUGUACGAGGGAGUCGGACCCACAGGGAUGUUCGAUUUCGGGCACGACCCUACACAUACCUUUGCACCCGAGAUGGACGUGUUCGUCUCCGCAGGCCAGGUCUCCAAACCCCUGGUCCUGGUGCUGAGCUCGUACGAGCCGGUCAACUGGGUGCUCCACCUACCGGAGGACGUGGAAGUGCAGGAAGUUCUUCUGGUUGCAUAUCAUCUAGAGCAGAGUGAUGUGACUGUGCGCAGUGGCUCCGUCAACAAUGUGCAGCGCCAUUCAGGUCAGACAGGGGGCGCUCCAGCGUGUGCCUACGGCACUGACACCGGCGGGUGUAACACUGUGGGGAUGCUGACGUUCGUCCGAGGACUGUUCGGCCCCGUGUCGUCUUUCACCGGUACAUACAAGGCCAACAGAUGGGGCUUGAACAUAGGUACCCCCGAAGAUGACUUGGGCAAUGUCGUCGUCAGUGGCUGAAGGGACAAGGACUCAAGAUUUCGUCCUCUGAACAUCUUCGUUUGUGAUUAUGAAAUUAUUGAUAAUUGUGACCUUUUAAUAAAACUUUUGUUUGAAGAUGAA